UCUGGCUGUGUGUCCUUCAUACCUGACCCUCAACAGAUUUGAGCUGGUGGAGAUUUGCUGGUGAUGGGGACAUCCCCUAUUCCCUUGUCAGUUUACUGAAGACUGCGGGGCAAAUGCUUCCACGGAAUUACCUGCUGGCUGCUAUGUUCAGGGUUUCAUGUGAUGCCAGGCUGCUAACCUCAGAUCUGAAAAGUAUUAGGACCCAAGAGUGCAAUGCAGCAACACAAGGACAAGACAAUAUGAAAAAUCGUCCAUAACAAAAUACGUCCUCGUACUGAUCAGCUUUGGAGAAUAUUGUAUUUCCCCCCACAAAAGCUGGUAUAAUCGAUAAACUAUUAAAAUGCAUUUCCGCAGGAGGAAAAGGCUGCAGUGGAACAGAAUUUUGUUCCUGGUGUCUGUGAUGUUUCUUUGUUCACUGUACCAGCUGUCUGUCAACCAUAAUGUAGACACCGGACCUUGGACUGAGACGGAACUGGAGGAUCCCAUCUCUGUGAGGGAGAUACAAGAAAAAGAGCUUAUUAGUGUGACAGUUAGAGAACUAGGAAACCAGUCAAUCCCAACAGCCACCACUACUUCUACUACCUCCACCCCCACUACAGAAAAAAUAACAGAAAGGACCAAAAUUAGGCACUGUAUUCAUGUGGACCCGGAUCCAAUAACACCCCCCAUCAAACCAAGACCUACUACUGCUUUAACAACAACCACAGAAAAGACUACACGUCCCACAAAACCUCCUUUGCCUCAUGCCAAAGGGGAGUACCCUGAGGACUUGUUCAGCAUAGAGGAGCGCAGGAGAGGUUGGGUGUCACUUCACAUCUUUGGCAUGAUGUAUGUAUUUGUGGCCCUUGCUAUUGUUUGUGAUGAAUUCUUUGUCCCAGCUUUGGGGGCGAUCACCGAGAAGUUACAGAUUUCUGAAGACGUUGCUGGUGCAACUUUCAUGGCAGCUGGAGGGUCUGCACCUGAACUCUUCACAUCUCUCAUUGGUGUAUUUAUUUCUCACAGCAAUGUUGGCAUUGGCACCAUUGUGGGUUCUGCUGUUUUUAACAUAUUGUUUGUUAUUGGCACAUGUGCCCUCUUCUCAAGGGAGAUCCUUUACUUGACUUGGUGGCCCCUCUUUAGGGAUGUCUCCUUCUAUAUCCUUGACUUGAUUAUGCUCAUCAUUUUCUUCCUCGAUAACGUGAUCCUAUGGUGGGAGAGCAUGCUGCUGCUACUUGCCUAUGGGCUAUAUGUGGCCUUCAUGAAGUUAAAUGUACAGGUGGAGGCAUUGGUGAAACAACAGCUCUCCAAACAGAGAUGCCUCGUUAAAGUCAUGGCUUUGGAAGACACAUCCAAGAAAGGCAAUGGAGCAGUUGCACAGGAUGAACCGAAGCCGCCAGAAGACAACAAUAGGUUAAAACUGAAACCAUUCCUCACUCGAGGGGGGAGCUCAGCCUCACUGCACAACAGCACCAUGCGCAGCACCAUCUUCCAACUUAUGAUUCAUACCUUGGACCCUCUCGGAGAAGCAAAAUUUAAAGACAAGGCUGAAAUCAUGAACAACCUGGCCAAGGCCAAAGUAGAAACAGAGGCCAAAAAAGGACUGAAAGUCAAAGAUGAUAGAGAUGACGCUGAUCUCCCCAAUACUGUGAAUGUACAAGUAACACCAGCCACUGGCUCAGAACCCUCCAGAGAUGCUGAUGAUGAAGGAAUGGACAAAGAUGAUGUUCAGAAAAGAGCAAGAGAAGGAGGUGGUGGAGGGGACAGCUCUGGCAACAGCAGCAGUGGUGAUGACAGUGAUGAUGAUAGUGAUGAUGAGGACAGUGAUGAUGAUGAUGAUGAGGAGGAGGAAGAAGUGGAUGAGCCUCUGUCUCUGGAGUGGCCAGAAACUAAGAGAAAGCAGAUCACUUACCUGUUGCUUCUGCCCAUAGUCUUUCCUCUGUGGCUGACACUGCCUGAUGUUAGAAUUCUGAAAUCUCGGAAGUAUUUUGUGGUGACGUUCCUGGGAUCUAUAAUGUGGAUCGCUGUAUUCUCAUACCUGAUGGUAUGGUGGGCACACCAGGUGGGAGAAACAAUAGGGAUAUCAGAGGAGAUCAUGGGACUGACCAUCCUGGCAGCCGGCACAUCCAUUCCUGACCUCAUCACUAGUGUCAUUGUAGCAAGGAAGGGCCUUGGGGAUAUGGCGGUCUCCAGCUCUGUGGGGAGCAAUAUCUUUGACAUAACUGUCGGAUUGCCAUUUCCUUGGUUCCUGUUUUCAGUGUUUAACGGCUUUAGCCCUGUGGCAGUCAGCAGCAACGGCCUCUUCUGCGCCAUCGUCCUCCUCUUCCUCAUGCUCCUCUUUGUCAUAUUCUCCAUCGCCGCCUGCAAGUGGAAAAUGAACAAGUUCCUGGGCUUGACCAUGUUCACGUUGUACUUUGUGUUUGUCAUUGUCAGCGUCAUGCUAGAGGACCGGAUCAUUGUGUGCCCUAUUUCCAUAUGAACCAACCCCGAGUAGCAACUCCGCUCCACUCUUUUCAUUAGAAAGCCCAUCAGUUGAUUAUAAUCUUUGAGUACAACUGUAUUUUGUGCAAAUUCUUCAAGUGGUAGGACUGACCUUGACAAUGGAUUUGUUUUCUUAUUUCUUUUUUUAUAUAAAUAUGUGUAAUAUGGUUACUUUCUAUAGAAAGCAGAGUAUUAGAUAACCACUCUACUAACAUCCUUCCUGGAGGCCUUAGCUGAUUGAAUCCUUCAUUUAUUAUCUAUAGAAACACUUGGGGAGGACAUGUUGUGGGUCUCCGGCCGUUAGUCUGCUGUUGUACAACUUGAAAUGCAAGUAUUGCCUCUAUCUGAGCAGGUCCAACAAAGUCCUUCCCUAGAAACAAGAUGUGCACAGCAGAAAUUGACCCAUUGAUAGUUUGGAGGGCAGAUCAUCUAGGAUAAAAUACAAACCGAGGGUAUAGUUUCAUAUUUAUUUUAUUCAGGGCAGUGUCCUGUCUCAGGGUAUCUGCACAGAAAGUGGUUUUGGACUUCUAGUGGGUUUAUUUCCAUAACAAUAAACUACAAUUAAAACCA